AUGUGGACGAGAGCAAACACAAUUCACCCCCAACGAACCGAUUCAACGUGGUCCGCGACGUAUUACGAGCAAGAACGAGAGCGGCGGAGUAAAUCCGAGCGAUGGUAUCGCCAGAUCCGACCGGCUUCAGUCGGUGCCUACCUCGCUAUCAUUGGGAGGAUCGUGGUGGCGCCACUGAUGAUGUUGUUCGUCUUUGUGUUCACGGAUUACCUCACAACCGGGACGUUUCUAAUCGAGGCCAAGGACAGCUACUUCGCCUUCAGUGAAAUGGACCUCGUCAUGUCUGGCGGGUGCACGCCGUGCCACAUUGAGUGCAAGAAGGUGUAG